AUGUCGAACCCCGUCUAUCUCGGUGUCAUUGGAGUCGGAGGCGUAGGCACAGCCUUCCUGAGCCAACUUGCCCGUCUCCCCAAUGCCCCCAAGCUCGUCCUCCUCGCUCGCUCUAGCCAGACCCUCCAGUCUCCGACACCGGCCUACUCCCCCGCCAUCCCCGCUGCCGACUGGAAAACCGUCGUUGAGACCCCCUCUCUUGUCAAAGCGGGUGCUCUCUCCGUCGACGAGAUUGCCUCCUACCUCUCCUCCGCCCCCGGUCGUUCCAUCCUCGUCGACAACACCAGCGACCUCACCCUCGCCAGCUCCUACCCCGUCUUCCUCCGCAAGGGCAUCUCCAUCGUCACCCCCAACAAGAAGGGCUUCUCCUCCGACCUCUCCCUGUGGAAGGACAUCUUCGCUGCCGCCGCAGAGGGCAAUGCCCUCGUGUACCAUGAGAGCACCGUCGGUGCAGGUCUCCCCGUGAUCUCCACCCUCCGCGACCUCGUUAGCACCGGCGAUGAGGUCACCCGCAUCGAGGGUGUCUUCUCUGGCACGCUGUCCUUCCUGUUCAACACCUUCGCCCCGGUGUCUGGGCCGUCCGGCGCAAAGUGGAGCGAGGUCGUUGCGAAGGCCAAGGAGCUCGGCUACACCGAGCCUGAUCCCCGUGAUGACCUGAACGGCAUGGACGUCGCCCGUAAGCUGACUAUUCUGGCGCGUAUCGCCGGUCUGGAGGUCAAGUCUCCCGACUCGUUCCCAAUUGAGUCAUUGAUUCCUAAGGAGCUCGAGUCGGUGCCCUCCACUGCUGAUGGUAUCAAGGAGUUCAUGACCCGCUUGCCCGAGUUCGAUGGCCAGAUGUCGGCAAUCAAGGAAGCUGCUGAGAAGCAAGGUAAGGUUGUGCGUUACGUUGGCAGCAUUGAUGUUGGUAAGAAGGAGGUCCGUGUCGGUUUGCAGUACUUCGAUAAGGAUAGCUCCAUUGCUGGUCUGAAGGGCAGUGACAACAUCAUCAGCUUCUACACGAAGCGGUACGGUGGCAACCCCCUCGUUGUCCAGGGCAGCGGUGCUGGCGGCGACGUGACUGCCAUGGGCGUGUCCGCCGACUUGAUCAAGGUCGUGCAGAGACUGCAUUAA